AUGAUCGAGAAUGCACGUGCAAUCAGAGCAGUGUGUCGUGACUUGAAGCAUGUUGCCAAACGUGGUGAAGCAAGUGCUCAGAUGCUGUCGAUCAUGCUUCUUGCACUUCAGAUGACGCCAUCGUCUGGUCAGCCUGAUCAGGAUGACGACAGUGAUGAGAACACAGGAUUGUUCCAUCAGUGCCUGAUGUUUUUCUUCACAGUUCUUGAGUGCUUCGGGGAUUUUUUGAGCCAGUAUCCGUCCGUCGCAAGCGCUGGGUUGCAAGUGAUGUUGCUCAUCGUUUGCAUGUUUGCCGCAUCUUGCUGUUGCCGACAUCGUGAGCCAGAAGCAUUGUCGGUGCAAUUGCAGGUUGGAAACUACGCAAACUACGUAGAAGCCGAUGCAAGGUUGAGCAAAGGUCCACGCACGGGUGCUGCCGGUCGGUUCCACAAAGUGCUGAAAGCACCAGAGGAAAGUGCUCCAGGAACGCCUGCCCGGCCUUUGCCUCUUGGUUCUGAUGAUAGUGAUGUGCCUGAAGAGCACAGAAAGGCAGCAGCCAGAGGUGCCAGGUCAAAGGCAAAGUCGAGUCCGCGGAACCGUGAUGAGCAAGCUCGAGGAAGUGACGAGCAUGCAGCAUCCGAGAGUUCCGAAGUCAUCGAGGAGGUGCCGCAAGCCCGUAGGCGCCCCAAGGCAGCUGCUAGACCGGCCCGAGUGCCCGAUGUCUGGGUAUCUACGAGACAAGGCUAUGCGUUCCAUCGCAUUGCAUGCACCAAGCUGAAGCAUUCAGAUGGAGUGACGGAAAUCAGCCGCAGAGAAGCAGUGGAGAAGGGUUACACACCGUGCCGAGUGUGCAGACCCUGA